CUGGCCGCCAUCAUUGUUAGUGGCAGUGAAGCGCGUGGAGAAAAAGGCUGAUACCACAGCGCAGUUCUGAGGAUCGUGAGCACUGUCCGAGCAGCUAUGGUUCAGACUUGCUCAGCUUACGGCUGUAAAAACCGGUAUCAUAAAGAUAAAGAAAUCUCCUUCCACAAGUUUCCCCUAGCGCGUCCAGACAUCUGUACUAAAUGGGUGGCAGCAAUGAGGAGGAACAAUUUCAAGCCAACGAAGUACAGUAAUAUUUGUUCACAGCACUUUACUAAAGACUGCUUCAAAAGAGAGUGCAACAACCGUGUGCUGAAGGAGAGUGCUGUUCCGUCGCUUUUUGACUUCAAUCUCGACAUCAAGGUAAAGCAGUCGGAGUGCCUGGAGGAUCCAUUUCCUUCUGAGAUCCAUUUCCCCCUCUCAUUCCCUUUGACCUCUGACACCGUCAUGGAGGAGGUGGAGUCUGAGCCUGUAAGAAGUUCACCUGACACCCCUAGUGACACAGUGGUGGUCUCUUGCGACCAUAACUAUACGGCGGAGGACUCUGCACGGCAAAAAAAGCGAAUUCAGCAGCUGGAAGAGCAGCUGGAGGUACUGAGGAAGAAACUGAAAACAACGCAGCAAAAGUGUCGCCGUCAGGAGAGGCAGCUCAAAAGCCUGAGGGUUUCUUGCAAGACAGUCAGGACAGCUCGCGACGCACCAACUGCCUUCAGCGAGGGCUAUGUCAUUUUACCAAAACACAUUUACCACAUGCUCAAAGGCAUCGAGUGACAGGAUGACGCCACCAAGUUGCUAAUCUUGAACAGCUGAUAGAGCUGUUGAGGAAAGCGGUGAGGCUCUGCUAUCAAAAAUAAGGAACAUCAAUGGAGAGGGUCAAUGUCCAGACAUUUUUCCAAACAUAUAUUGCAGAAUGACUGUUAAUUUCACAGCAGGGCCAAGAACAAAAAGUGGUAUUUGGCAGGGCAAAAUAAUGCCACAUGGCAAAAAAAAAAAUGCCACAUGGCAAAAUCAAUUUUGCCACACGGCAAAAAAAGGCCACAUGGCAUAAAAAAGGCCACAUAGCAAAAUCCAUUUUGCCACAUGGCAGGAAAAAUGCCACAUGGCAAAAUCAACUUUGCCACAUGGCAAGAAAAUACUACAUGGCAAAACCAAUAUUGCCACAUUGCAAACAAAAUGCCACAUGACAAAAUCAAUUUUAAAAAAUGCCACAUGGCAAAAAAAAAAAAAAAAAAUGCUACAUGGCAAAAAAUGCCACAUGGCAAAUACCACUUUUGGUUCUCGCUGUCUCUCUUCCCAGAGGCAUUAUUUGGCAACCAGCAUCUUUGCACAUAUAUGUACAGGUCGGAGGUUAAAGUCAUCUGUGACAUAUGUACUUUAGUUAUGUUUAAGGUAGGAAAAGCCAUUUAGUGUGUUCAUUUCUGGGAUUCUUGGUCUCUUAAAGCACUGGAUAGUCAGGUUAGCAGUACCGUUUGCCUUUCUGCUACUAUGCCAUGCGUGUACUCAUUAUGCAGUGCAGGCGGAAAGUGUUUGCCCCUUUCUCAAAACAUUUUCGCAAGGUUUCCCCACUUUAUUGUUUAAGAUCAUCAAACAAACGUAAAUAGACAAAUAUAACCCAAGUAGAUAUGAAUAUAGUUUCAAUGGUGAUUUUAUCGUGUCCAUCAAGCAUCGCAGGGUUCAACAGUAAUUCAUAAUUCAAUGUUAUUUUUUCUUUCUUUUCAAUGUUCCUUUAAAAACUGCCAUAUGUACUUGAGUUAUCUUUGUCAGAUCAUUUAAAUUUGCUCAGUAAUCCUUAAUAUUAAAGUAGGGAAACAAGGGGGAAAAAAGAUUAUUCUAGAAGGGGUGAAAUGCUUUUUGACAGCACCGUAUUUAUUUCAGAAACCUCCAAUUACACAACCCUGUGCCUGUCAAUGUGAUGAACUUUUACCCCUAAUGUUAUUAUGUUAUUGUUUGGUGCUACCUUUAUUUACUUCAUUUGAAAAUGUGUAAUUCUAAAAAAAAACCAAGAUGGGGUAAAACUCCUAAGGACUAAUAAAAAUGAUAAGACAAAAAGAAACAUACCAAAGAA